CUGCCAGCAAAGAUCUCGCGAGGUAAACCUUCACGUGUUGUUACGCUGUUACGCACUAGCUAGUCAACGAAACAAAUUGAAAAUGCGGGAUAAAAAGGAUAAAGCUAAAACGCAGAUAGACGAUGACCCUGUGAAGAAUUUUGAGAAAUGGAAAAGGAAAUACAACAAAACCAAGAAACGAGUCCAAAAAGUUCAAAAGAGCACCAAGAAACGCGACUAUGAGGUGGAGAGAGAAGUCAUACAGAAGCUGGUGAAUAAAUACUCCGAGAUCAAUCCCAAAGAAGCUGUGAAGUUCUCUGAUUUUCCACUCUCAAAAAAGACUCUGAAAGGUCUUCAUGAGGCUCAGUACAGGCAGCCCACAGAGAUUCAGAGGCAGACGAUUGGCUUCGCUUUGCAAGGGAGAGAUGUUCUUGGUGCUGCAAAGACUGGCUCUGGAAAGACUCUGGCCUUCCUCAUCCCAGUUUUGGAGUGCUUGUACCGUGAACAGUGGACUGCGAUGGAUGGCCUCGGCGCCCUCAUCAUCUCUCCCACCCGAGAGCUGGCCUAUCAGACCUUCGAGGUGUUGAGGAAGGUCGGCAAGCACCAUGAAUUUUCUGCUGGUCUUGUAAUCGGUGGAAAGGAUCUGAAAGAUGAAUCAGAAAAAAUCCAUCGCACCAAUAUCAUUAUCUGCACCCCAGGACGUAUGCUGCAGCACAUGGACGAGACGGCCACCUUUCAUGCUUCAGAUCUCCACAUGCUUGUACUUGAUGAAGCCGACAGAAUUCUGGACAUGGGUUUCGCCGACACACUCAAUGCCAUUAUUGAAAACCUUCCGAAAACACGGCAGACCCUUCUCUUCUCUGCCACUCAGACCAAGUCUGUCAAAGAUCUGGCCAGACUGAGCCUGAAGAACCCAGAGUAUGUGUGGGUCCAUGAGCAGGCCAAGUUCAGUACACCAGCCACUCUGGAACAGAACUAUGUGGUGUGUGAGCUGCACCAUAAAGUCAACAUGCUCUUCUCAUUUUUGAGGAGUCAUGUUAAGAAGAAGAUCAUUGUGUUUUUUGCUUGCUGCAAAGAGGUUCAGUAUCUGUUCAGGGUCUUCUGCCGGUUGCGUCCAGGUAUCUCCGUACUUGCUUUGCAUGGAAAACAGCAGCAGAUGAAGAGGGUGGAGGUUUAUAAUGACUUUGUCCGCAAGACCUCAGCCGUCCUCUUUGCCACAGACAUCGCUGCCAGAGGACUUGACUUCCCUGCUGUGAACUGGGUGCUGCAGUUUGACUGUCCUGAAGAUGGAAACACAUACAUCCACAGGGUGGGCAGAACAGCCAGGUAUAAGGAGGGAGGCGAAGCUCUUCUUGUCCUAUUGCCGUCAGAGGAGAAGGGCAUGAUUGCACAGCUUCAAGAGAAGAAAGUUCCCAUUAACAAAAUCAAGGUGAACCCAGAGAAGUUGGUGUGCGUCCAGCAGAAGUUGGAGGCCUUCCUGGCACAGGAGAAGGAGCAGAAGGAACGAGCACAGAGGUGUUUUGUGUCCUACCUCCGCUCCGUCUAUCUGAUGAAGAACAAAGACGUCUUUGAUGUUUUCCAGCUCAAACUCCCAGAAUAUGCAAUGUCACUGGGUUUGGCGGUGGCUCCGCGGGUCCGUUUCCUCAGUAAGGCCCAGCAGCAGAAGAGUGGGGUGACGGAGGACCACAGAGGCGCUGCAGGACACGAGUCUGAAGACGAGCUCAAGAGUUUCAAAGCCCAACUCAAAGGAGAGCAGUCUCAGUCCUCACAGUCUGAGGAUGAUGAUGAGGAUGAUGGUGAUGAGGAGGAGACGAAGCCUGCAGCUCUGCUAUGUGGCUUUAAUGAAGAGGAUGAGGACGACCAGAAUGAUCAGGACCUACUGACUGUCAAGCGUAAAGAUGUGUUCAAUAUCAAUGAAGAGAGCCAGGAUGAGGAGGAGGACACAGAUGCUAAGUCCAAGAUUAAGAAACAAAAGGAAUCCAAAUUCAAAGACGCAAAGAAAAUCCAGAAAAAGAGCUUCAAGGUCAACACUAAGAAGAUCUUCACUGAGGAGGGAGAGGUGGUGCAGCAAUGGCCUCCAUUGCAAAAGACCAUGGUACCAGAUGAAGAGGAGGAGGAGGAGACGUCUGGCAUUAACGUGGAAGCAGCCAAAGAGCGGCUUCGCAAGGAAGACCAGGAGUUUGACAAGAUCGAGUACCGUCGUAAAAUCAAGGAGAAACAUAGGGAGAAAAGACUGAAGGAGAAAGCAGCUCGAAGGGAAGCGAGCAAACAGCAUAAAGAGGAGAAGAAAGGUGAUGAUGACGACGACGACGAUGAUGAGGAGGAGGAGGAGGAGGAGGUGGUAGCGUAUCUGUCAGGUGCCAAUGAAGAAUUUGACCCCAGCACACUUCCUGAUCCCGACAAAGUGCGCAACUCUGAGUCCUCCUCUGAGGAGGAAGAAGGCGAUUCAUCAGACCGAGGUGGCAGGAAGAGAAGUUUCAGCAGCGACAGCAGUGAGGAUGAUGAUGAUAGCGAUGAUGAAGUACAGCAGACACAGGUGGGCAAGAAGAAGCCCAGGAAGGAGUCCACAGUAACUCCUCUGGACACUGGCCUCUCACUGGCUGAAGACGAGGAGCUCGUGUUGCAUUUAUUGGGCAGUCACAGCUAGGUCCCUGUACCUAUUAUCUCCUUAAGACUUCCUUAUUCAUUGAAUUUGUAUGUCGAGUUUAUAAAAUGCCCCUUGACUAAUAAAAUUUAUCCUGAUUGUGAUGGCAACUUUAAGAUGCAUUGCCAUACAUAUCCUUGUGAUUUAUUGUGUUAAGAGUGCAGGUUAUAAUUUCCUUUCCUGCCUCUUGCCUUCUUUACAUCCUCUCCUCCUCAAGAAAGGAAUUGAAUACUCAGGUGGCGUCUUGCCAGACAGCCUCAAAUUACCUACAAAACCCCUGUUUUGCAGUGAAGCAAAAAAACAGCACAGCUGAUGUCAAUCCUGAUAGAGAACCACUGUGAAGUCCCAGGUGCCAUCUAUAACCUAUUACUGUUAAACGGCUCUCAUUAUUUCUGGUUUGAAUAUUGCCUUCCUGUCACAUUGAACAGUCACUUAAUGUGUGAUUUACUCUCCCUCAUUUCUGUGGCAGAAAUAGAAAUGGAGGGUUCUGAAAGAAAACUUUGGUUUUGCGAGUACUGUCCAUUAUUCAACACAAAUCCAUCUUUCUGAAUUGUCUGGUUGUCUGCAUUUAGCUGGCUCAUGUCAGGAGGGGGAUUGGAUUAGGUUUAUAUAUAGCCACCCUUUAGCACCAGCAUAACUUUGCAUUGUUCAGUGGUGACCUUAUCCAACCCUGGUUUUAUCAGAUCCGUCAACAGUGCUCUUGAGACCCAAAUUAUUCUCAACAUUCAUUGUACAACAGUUCGACAGCACGAGUGUGUGUAAAUACAUAAGAAACAACAACGGAAUGUCUUUAAAAAGCCUACGCCUCUGUUACUACGUCACUUGGAGUAAUGUUGAGUUGCUUCAUGAAAGCUUAUUGUAUAACUGUACUAAACGUUAAUUGUAUUGUAUUAAGAGAUUAGUAUGAGAGAGAGAUGAACUAGUGAGAUUACCUGCAUUUAUUCUUCAGCUUAAUCUCAUAUUCAAAAUAAAACAUUUGUUUGAAUGA